AUGCCUGAGAACGCCACUCUCCUUCAAGGCUUUGAGUGGAACGUGCCGGCCGAUGGCAAGCACUGGCAACGUCUUCUUAAAGCAUUGCCUAGUCUGAAGAAUGCCGGCAUCGAUAAUCUGUGGCUGCCUCCAGGUUGUAAGGCAUCAUCUCCCGAGGGCAACGGGUACGAUAUCUAUGAUUUGUAUGACCUUGGCGAAUUCGACCAGAAGAACUCAGUGCGGACCAAAUGGGGGACCAAAGAUGAGCUUCUUGAACUCAGCAACAAAGCCAAAGAACUAGGGAUUGGUCUUUACUGGGACGCAGUGCUCAACCAUAAGGCCGGCGCCGACAAAAGAGAAAAGGCGCAUGCCGUGGAGGUAGAUAAUGACGACAGGACGAAAGAAGUCACAGACCCAUACCAGAUCAGCGCUUGGCUCGGCUUCGAUUUUCCUGGCCGAGGGGACAAAUACUCGAAGCAGAAGUACCACUGGUACCACUUUUCCGGCACCGACUACGAUGCUAAGAACGAGAGGAAUGCCAUCUUCAAGCUCAAAGGGGAGGGCAAGUCUUGGAGCGAGAGUGUCGAUGAUGAAGGGGGCAAUGCCGACUACAUGAUGUUCGCCGAUGUCGAUUACUCACAUCCGGAAACGCAAGAGGAUGUGAAGAACUGGGGUGAAUGGAUCGUCAACGAAGUCGGUCUGAAGGGGUUCAGGUUAGACGCAGUGCAACACUUCUCGGAACGAUUCGCAAACGACUGGGUGCAGCACGUACGAUCGAAAUGCGGAGACGCCAUCUUCAUGGUGGGAGAAUUCUGGACCGGAGACACAGAAAACAUGUUAAAGUGGUUGGAUGCCAUGGAUCGAAAGUUCAGCUUAUUCGAUGCGCCGCUCCUCUACAACUUCAAUCGGCUAAGCACAACACCUGACGCCGAUCUCAGGACCGUCUUCGACAAUUCUCUGACCAAGCGAGAUCCAGUAAACUCCGUCACAGUGGUCAUGAAUCACGACACGCAACCAGGCCAGACUAUGGACACCAAGAUUGAAGGUUUCUUCAAGCCUCUAGCAUACGCAUUGAUUCUCCUUCAAGAUGCCGGAUAUCCUUGUCUUUUCUAUGGCGACCUGUACGGCAUGAAGGGUGAUAGUCCGGAGCCUCCAGCUGCAUCUGGAAAGAUUCCGGACAUGGCGCUCGCCCGCAAGCUCUACGCCUACGGUCGUCAAGAUGAGUAUCUAGAUGAUCCCAAUUGCAUUGGUUUCACCCGACUCGGCACUGCAGAACAUCCAGCUGGCUUGGCAUGCGUGAUGAGCAAUAAAGGCCCUGGAAGUCUUCGGAUGUUCGUUGGAGAGAUGCAUCGAGGUGAAGUGUGGACUGAUGUUCUCGGCUGGGAACAGGGCGAGGUUACCAUUGGCGAAGACGGCCUCGGCGACUUCAGGUGCCCCGGCGUCAGCGUUGCCAUCUGGGUGAAGAGAGAUGCCGAAGGGCGGGAUCGCUUCCCGGUCGAAUUCGACAAUGACAUAUACAACGAGGCAUAAUAAGUGGCAGGAGGUGGACUUAGCCUACCAGUGUCUGCGCUUCGAUGCUGAUACGUGCAUCAUCACAAUAUAACAUAAGCCGCGACCGAUCAAACGAGCUUGGCUGCAAACUUGUGACCUCUCUCAGGUUCAUAGUUGUUGAUUAUUGAUUACCAAUAAUCACUAGUUACUGUAAUCAUAUGUGACUACGAUUAUGAUUAUGGAGUGAGUGAUUAGUGACUAUAGUUAGUAAUCAGUCGGUUAUUCCAAGGCAAUACUAGGGUAUAUAUUACACCUAUAGAAGGUUUCAAAUUCG